AUGACACAAUUGCUUCGUGCUCGCAAAGAUUACAUCGAUUUGCGACCUAUCCCAAUUGAUGGUUCCAAAAACUACAGUUACCGAUGGAAAAUGAUAGCGCUGUUGGAUUUCAAUGAGCGCGGACAGUAUAUACUUCCGUUUUCCAAACGAGUGGUGGAUAUACCGAAGGAUCUAUGGCGAAGAAAUCGAAAACAACCGGCACCUCCAGGCUACGAGCUGUGUGGUUGCAUCGAUUGUGAACACAAAACUUGGGAAGAUCAUGUUCUACGAGAUGAUCUUGAUGACGAAGUAUCGACAUAUGGUAAUAUGCAUCUAGAACUUGUGUAUUGUCCAACGAACGAUGACGAUGAAAAUAUCCAACACCAGUCGUGCAAUUAUAGUGAUGGUCUUGCGGACGAAAGUGUUGAUGAUUAUAGUCAAUCGGACAAUUCUUAUGAACUUACAUGGCGUGAACUUUCGUUGUCUCCAUUUCCAUGCGGUGAUCCUUACGAUUCCCUUCGUAUUCGUUUUCCUUGCAAUAAAAAAGAAUUCCAUGAUGAACCAGUCAACGAAGAUGUGGUGAUUAUUUCACCGGAUAUCGUCGAGUUAUGUGCAACAAAGACGAAGACAAUGAACGAAAUAGAAGUCCCCGUUGAACCCAUUGCUUUACACGUUGAUCCAAUAAUUAGUGUAACUAUGGGAGCUUUUCCAAAGUUAGAGCAACAACUAGCUAUCUUACCACUGUUUCCAACCGGCGGCAAUAAGGUGACCAGUCCAAGUUUUCCUCUGCUACCCAACAUACCACCGUAUCAGCUGAGUCCAAAAGAACUGAUGCGACGCCAUUCAAAUGCGUUCGAGCCAUCCUUCGAAGUCAUCGACAACAAUCCAGAUGUACCGUCACUAUUACGUGCAAAAUAUCAAUUGUUCUACAGUGAUCUAAUACGACGAUUGAAGGUCGACUUUGCUAUUUUGGAUUACAAUUAUACACGACUUGAUCAAUACAUCCAACGACUGGUCGCAGAACAAAUUCAAGUAUUCAAUCUUCUACCAAAUGAAAUUUCACGCCUGGACGAACGAGAAUAUCCAUUAGCAUUGGAGUUUUUUCUGCAAUUCGAUGUUAAUAUGUUCUACAUGAAAACAUGCUCGUUUCGCCACGCUCGUCCACGUUCAAUGAGCGAAGGUUUAUUCUGUGUACAAACGCCUGAAGCUCGUUAUGAACUGGCCGCGUGUGGUAAUUGUGGAUUGUGCUAUCCACAAUAUGACAUGACGCAUCGAGAAAAGAAAUACAUCGUCGAGUUUAGUCAAGCACACACACAUUCAUUUGUCAAUGGAUAUAAAACAAUUCUGAACUGUUCCGCUUCGUGCCAUACACAGAAUAUUAUCUACACAUUGACAUGCGUAUGUGGAAAAAUGGACUACAUCGGUGCAACUAGCGGCAGUUUACAUGAUCGCCUCUAUAGUAAGCCAUACGUACUUCAUAUCGAUACUUUCUUGAUUGUCAUCAUUGCUGCAGCACAUCGUGAACAUGGAAAUCGGAUUAUGCACGAAUUCCUAUUAGGUCAAGCAAACAUCAUGCGUGAUCUACCAAGAGGAAAAACAAAUGAUAUCAAACGGAAGGAUCGCAUGCAACUGUAUAAACAUUCAACUCGAUGUCUUGAUGCAAUGCAAAUUUUCUUGGAUGCUAAUCCGCAAUAUUGGCGAUUUGUACCAAUGGCCAUGGAUAAAGCUGUCACACCUGAACAGCAAACAAUCACACGACCUCAAUUAUUUGAUGAAUCAGAUCCAAAUUGUCGUUCAAAGGAAGAUUGUCAAGUGUGCAUUCAAGCUGUUCCUCGGCCACCAGACGAAUUCACUUUCUCGAACCGACAAAUCCUUCGACAAGCCGAAUACUUUCAUAAUAAACGCGACAAAACAUUGCCCAACCGCGAUAUUGAUCUGUAUCAUGCUACGAUUGUAGCUGUGUUGCCCGACAGUUGUUCGAAUAUGUUUCGAGACGUCAUCGAAUCCUUAUUCAUUACUUAUGCGGAUACAACACUCAACACAAUUGGCAACGUUCUCCGCGAAGAACAACAGCGCAAUCAUUAUUAUCCAUUGAACGAUCCAUGGUCGACUCGUAGUAAAAAUUGGUGCAAUGGUUUGGUGCGUCGACCAUGGCCAACGACGAAUCCGAACUGA